AGAUUCUUUGACCUACACAGUCGCAGGAGAAAAUGGCAGCGCUUGGACUGGGGCAGCAGGUGCGUCACUUGAGCACGUCGGUGGUGCGACCAGCAGCAAAGCUGAUCAGGCCCCCCAUCCAGGUGUACGGAGUGGAGGGCCGUUAUGCCACUGCUCUGUUUUCUGCUGCCAGCAAGCAGAAGAAUCUGGAUAAAGUGGAGCAGGAGCUGGGCCGUGUGGCUACUUUGAUUAAGGACCCGCAGAUGUCCAGCAUUGUGAUGAAUCCCCAUGUCAAGCGCAGCAUCAAACAGAAAACAGUUAAUGAUGCUUUGAACAAGGCCAAGGCCUCCCCAAUCACAGUCAAUCUUAUUAAUGUACUGGCUGAAAAUGGCCGCCUUCCCUUGACUGCCGAUGUCAUUACUGCUUUUGGCAAAAUGAUGAGCGCACACAGAGGAGAGGUCACCUGCUCAGUCACCACUGCACAGCCCCUGGAUGAGCCUAGCCUGGCCGAGCUGAAGGUGGCACUCAAUGGUUUCUUGGCAAAAGGAGAAACCAUUAAGCUGGAGACCAAGUCUGAUCCCUCCAUUCUUGGCGGCAUGAUCGUCAGUAUCGGUGAUAAAUACGUGGACAUGUCCACCAAGACAAAAAUCCAGAAGCUCACCAAGCUAAUUAAGGAGGCUUAAGUCCUGUGGACUGUUCAGAACCAGUCAAAUGGAGUUGGGUGGAGAUAGCACUGCACCAUUUGUACAUGUAACUGAACUGUUGUUCUCUUGUGUUAAUAAUAAAUAAUCUGUAAUGUGUAA